AUGAAUCAAGAAGUAAGGGAAAAGGUUGCUAAUUUGUUGGAUGAAGCUUCCAAGCUUUUAGUUGAUGUUGAUUCACAACGAAGUACAUCUACAGCGAACCAUUCCAGUACAGGCAGCAGUCAAUCCAGUGCCAGUGUCAACAAUUCAAGUCGUUCUACUCGAAGAAAUGGUGGGACUUCUAGUAGAUCCAGCUCUGCCUCAACUUCCUCAUUGUUGGGAGAAUCCCUUCAGAGAGCGCAAAGUAUGCUGCAAGCAAGUUCUUCUUCCGGACUUUUUAGACGUUUAAAUAGAACUGAAAGAUUAAGAGCAUCGUCCCCUUAUCAGAACAACAGACAAUCAACAGCCCAACCAACUAAGGAGAAAGUUAAGAAAGCAAUGGAGUUUGCAUUGAUCGGAUGUUGGCCGGAUGAUGAAGAUGAACCGCAUCAUCUCAAGUGGGAUUCAGUUAUUGCAAGUGGGAUGCUUACGCUACAUGAAGAUGACAAUGAAAAGAGCAUAAGAAAUGCCAUUAAAGAAUCUCUAGCAGCAAAAUUUCCAUCCCUGGGUGAUAAUGAUUUUGAUUUUGUUAAAGUUAGGCACAAGGCAAUUACAAUUCUUCAGCUGGGACCAGGGACUGAAUUUAAUUAUGCUGUGGUGAAAAAAAUGGCUGGUCAAGGACUGCUAUAUGUGAAAGUGAAGCAAGGGUAUGAAUUCCUGUAUGACUCCGAUAAUGAAAGCGAUGCGGCGUUACUGAAGAUACCUAUGGAACCUGAAAUCGAAAUUGUCAAUGUUGAUGAAACCAAGGCAGUUGCAAGUGCUUGUUCAGCAGUUCCUCCUUGUGUUAGCACUGUGACAGUACACCUAACAGAGAACGAAGAUCCAGAACCACUGAAAACAGACCCCAACCAGCAAGAGUCCUCAGCCUGUACAAAUGCUGUUGAUGUCUUGAUAAAUGAAAUAGCAAACCAACGGCUGUCCGAACCAGUGGAAAUUUUACGGUUCUUACAAAAGAACUUAGUAGAGGGAAGAGUGUUAGAUGUUCAAGAUACAUCAAACACCCCAGAAGGUGAAACCAAUUAUAUUUGUGUUGAUAGACAUAACAUUCUGGCAUCCACAUUCUCAGAACUAGAGGCAAUACAAAAUUUUCAUAUUACAUUUGAAGUUGACUUUAUUGGUGAAAUGGCAAGGGAUCUGGGAGGACCAAGAAAGGAGUGGAUCCGUUUAAUGAAUGCUGCCAUGAAGGAAAAGUAUUUUGACAAAUGUCUCCGAGAAUACCUGGCAGAUGAUUACUAUCAUGUAGACAUCAUGAUAGGUAUUGCUUUGCUUCAAAAUGGCCAAAUACCAACCUUUAUGCCUUCUGAUGUGAUUGACAGUUUGGUCUCAUCACAAAUUGAAAAUUCUUGCAUUGCUAAAUUACAGCAAGGUCUAAAUGUUUUUGGCCUUGCUAGAAUUAUGCAAAAGUUCCCGAUCCUGCUCUAUUUGCUCAGACACAACAACCAAACGAUGUCAGCAAAGAUGGUUCUUAAAUUGCUUGCACCCACUUUCUCUGAAGAAGGAUCUUCAGUUUAUUUAAAGGAAAAGGCAUUGUAUGCUUUGUUUGUGAAGUAUGUGAGGCAGGUGGCCAGUGGGAGAAGAGAACCGAUCACAUUGAGUUCUCUUCUUAUUUUUGCAACUUGUGCUGCAGAAGAACCACCACUGGGGUUUACUGUUCAUCCAUCAAUUACAUUUUGCUGUGGAGACGAAGAGGUACAGCAUGCUUUAACAAUGUUCUUUUAA